CCUCCUCAGAGCCUCGGCUGGGUAGUAAGAGUCCACCUCAGACCACAAGACACUUCCUGCUCCAACCCUUUCAAACGGCCAGGGCUUUUGAGACCUCUCACUGAAGAUGUCUCAGGGACCAACAGUCAUUGUGACUCAACCUGGAUUUGUUCGUGCUCCCCAAGAUUCCAACUGGCAGACCAGCCUGUGUGAUUGCUUCAGCGACUGCGGAGUCUGCCUCUGUGGGGUGUUUUGUACCCCAUGUCUCGGGUGCCAAGUGGCAACUGACAUGAAUGAAUGCUGUUUGUGUGGGACAAGUACAGCAAUGAGGACCCUCUACCGGACCCGAUAUGGCAUUCCCGGAUCUAUCUGUGAGGACUACAUGGCCACCGUCUUCUGCCCUGUUUGCUCUCUUUGCCAAAUCAAGAGAGACAUUAACAAGAGGAGAGCCAUGAACGCUUUCUAAGGAGCUGCAUGGUGAGUCAGCGUGGGGCUUGGGAAACAAUUAGGGGCCAGGUAAGUUAUUCCUUGUUUGGAAUGAUGACUCAGUCACUGCAACUCCUUAAGUCUCCGUGCUGUCCCAUUAUAACAAUGUACUUGGUUUUGGUCUAUCAGGGAAGCAAUUAACCACUUAUCUGCUACAAAGUACAGUAAACAAGGAAGUUGCAGUUGGGCACAGUGGUACAUCUUGUAACCUCAAACUCAGGAGACAGGGAAGGGUUGCUAUCUAACCCGGCCGUUCUAACAGAGUAAUUGCUUGGUUAGUCAGGGCUCAGGGUUGGGGCUUUAGCUCAGUGGUAGAGUGUUUGCCUACCUCUACACCACAGCUGGCUACAGGUAAACAGUUUUGAGAUGAGAAUUUUAGAAUACAUAGAUUGUUAGGCUGGAGAGAUGGCUCAGGGUUUAAGAGCACUGUCUGCUCUUCCAAAGGUCCUGAGUUCAAUUCCCAGUAACCACAUGGUGGCUCAUAACCAUCUGUAAUGAGAUCUAGAGCUUUCUUGUGGGGGCAGUCACACAUGCGGGCAGAUUAUUGUCUAAAUAAUAAAUACAUCUUUAAAAAAUACAUACAAUGUUAUAA